CACCAUUGAACUCUACAAUAUUUAUAUUUCAAUGAUUGUACUUGCAAUUUGUAAACCCAUUGGUUUGAGCAGUGUUUGAGGUUCGAAGUAUUCUCGCAACUCGUGUGGCCAAUGUAUAAUGAAAAUUGUUAACGUUUCAUCUUGUAAUUCUCGACAACCCCAAUUUGUUUAUUCUCCAAAUCAACUGAGCAAAUAAUGGUGUAGUAAAAGUAAAAAAGUUUGCGAUUACGGAAUUCGAAGGCCCGGAUAAUCCUUCCACGAUUCCACGAUGUCAGAUACAGAGGGAGACAAUUUUUCCAAAAAAAUGCGUAAAGCAACGAGAGAAAUACACGCAGUUAGUGAUGCAUUGGUCAACGCUAAAUUAGCUUUUGGUUUUCAUGACGAUAAAGUUUGGGCCGAUGGGUUGUUAGUAUUUUACGAAAUAUUUCGAUAUUUAGAGGGCGCCAUGGACAGAUUAAAAAGUACGAAAAUCGGACUUUUGAAUUUGGCUGGGCUCAGCAGAACGGAAGCUUUCGAACAAGACUUAAAUCAUUACCUAGGCAAGGGUUGGAUGAAAAAUUAUGUGCCAAGGGAGAGCGUAGCAAAGUAUUUGAUGCGUUUGCGUGAGGUCGAGGACACAGAUCCGACCUUGUUGAUGGCAUACAUAUACCACUUGUAUAUGGGUCUAUUAAGCGGUGGAAUGAUAUUACGAAAAAAGAGGCAACUGAUGAGAAAAAUAAGCCCGUUCAAGGAAGAAAAUGUGACUGAAGGAGAUCGAAUAACGGAUUUCGGUGAGAGAAGUAUUUACGAGUUGAAGUCCGAGAUGCGAACGAAGAUGAACGGGAUUGCGGAAAGUCUUGACGAGGAUACGCGAAACAAAUUAAUCGAAGAGAGCAAAACCGUUUACGCACUCAACAAUGAAAUAAUAAGAAGCGUUCGUGGCGCGGGUCUUGUGAUACUCAAAAAAUUAAUUUACUUCGUUCUCUUACUUCUCAUAAUAAUGUACAUUUUUAUCGUCAUUUUCAAGAAAUAGAUUCAUUUUUCAAAAUGUAUCUCGUCUAAAAACUGUAUAUAACUAAAAAAGAAUUAAUUUUCAAUUAAUAACUCGUAAUUUAUAAUUAUAUCAUCAAGCGAUUAUACUGAUUCAAUAAUAGCUCGAUUAUGCUAGUAAUUAUUCAGUCUCUCGUUACUGGUUGACUAAUUAUUAAUUACGGGCUAUUGACUCAUUAUUUAUUAUUAUCAUAGAUUAAUUAUAAUAAUUAUUAUCAAUCAACAAUAAAGAUAGGAACGACAUGUGAA